AUAGAGUGGAAGCGGGCAGCAGAGAGAGAGAAACAUCGAUAUGAGAGCGACACACUGAUUGAGGAAGUGAUGUUUUAAAUAAGUCACAAAAAUUUAGUAGUGACUAGCCAAAGAAGAAGUAAAAAAAGGAUUCCAGGUAGAGGAAACAACUGUGAAGGCUCAGGACUCACUGCAGAAUAUCCUGUGGCCCUCUGAGUUUUCAUUAAGAUUGGGACAAUGCUUUGAGUUACUUUAGAGUUGAGGAUCAUGUGGUGCUGAACACUGGUUUCCUCAACAGCUCUGCAAGGGAGAUAUCAGCAGUUUCAGUUAUCUGACUUCAUGUGAAAGAUGGCUAAUGCAGAAGUGAGUGUCCCAGUGGGGGAUGUGGUUGUGGUACCUACUGAAGGAAAUGAAGGGGAGAACUCUGAAGACACUAAAACCCAAGUGAUCUUGCAGUUACAGCCUGUGCAACAAGGUUUGUUUAUCGAUGGACACUUUUACAACAGGAUAUAUGAAGCCGGGUCCGAAAACAACACAGCAGUUGUGGCAGUAGAAACUCACACAAUACACAAAAUUGAAGAAGGAAUUGAUGCAAGCACUAUAGAAGCAAAUGAAGAUAUGGAAAUUGCUUACCCCAUAACUUGUGGGGAGAGCAAAGCCAUUCUUCUCUGGAAGAAGUUUGUAUGUCCAGGAAUAAAUGUGAAGUGUGUCAAGUUCAAUGAUCAGUUGAUCAGCCCCAAGCAUUUUGUUCAUCUGGCUGGCAAGUCCACUCUAAAGGACUGGAAGAGAGCCAUUCGUCUGGGUGGAAUCAUGCUCAGGAAAAUGAUGGACUCCGGACAGAUUGAUUUUUACCAACAUGACAAGGUUUGCUCCAAUACUUGCAGAAGCACCAAAUUUGAUCUUCUAAUCAGCAGUGCAAGAGCUCCAGUGCCAGGACAGCAGACAAGUGUGGUGCAGACACCCACUUCGGCUGAUGGUAGCAUCACACAGAUUGCCAUCUCAGAAGAGAGCAUGGAAGAAGCAGGGCUAGAAUGGAACUCAGCUCUUACUGCUGCUGUCACCAUGGCCACAGAGGAGGGAGUGAAGAAAGACUCAGAAGAAAUUUCAGAGGACACUUUGAUGUUCUGGAAAGGAAUAGCUGAUGUAGGGCUGAUGGAAGAGGUUGUAUGCAAUAUACAGAAGGAAAUAGAGGAGCUACUCAGAGGGGUUCAGCAGCGGCUCAUCCAGGCUCCUUUCCAGGUCACAGAUGCUGCUGUUCUUAACAAUGUGGCCCAUACAUUUGGCCUAAUGGACACAGUUAAGAAGGUUUUGGACAACAGAAGGAACCAAAUAGAGCAAGGAGAAGAGCAGUUUCUCUAUACUCUGACAGACUUGGAACGCCAGUUGGAAGAGCAGAAGAAGCAAGCUCAGGAUCACAGGCUGAAAUCCCAGACGGUUCAAAAUGUGGUAUUGAUGCCUGUGAGCACUCCUAAGCCUCCAAAAAGGCCCCGACUCCAGAGGCCAGCCUCCACCACUGUCUUGAGCCCUUCUCCUCCUGUCCAGCAGCCUCAGUUCACAGUCAUCUCACCCAUCACCAUCACCCCAGUGGGUCAGUCAUUUUCCAUGGGCAAUAUUCCAGUGGCCACCCUCAGCCAGGGCUCCAGUCCUGUGACUGUCCACACACUGCCUUCUGGCCCUCAGCUCUUCCGUUAUGCCACAGUGGUCUCCUCUGCCAAGAGCAGCUCACCAGACACAGUGACCAUCCAUCCUUCAUCUAGCUUGGCACUGCUAAGCUCAACUGCCAUGCAGGAUGGGAGUACCCUGGGCAACAUGACCACUAUGGUGAGCCCUAUGGAGUUGGUGGCCAUGGAAUCUGGCCUGACCUCGGCAAUCCAGGCUGUCGAAAGCACCUCAGAGGAUGGGCAGACCAUCAUUGAGAUUGACCCAGCCCCAGACCCAGAGGCUGAGGAUACUGAAGGCAAAGCAGUCAUUUUGGAGACAGAGCUGAGGACUGAGGAGAAAGUUGUGGCUGAGAUGGAAGAACAUCAGCAUCAAGUCCACAAUGUGGAGAUUGUGGUCUUAGAGGAUUAACUGGGGAUAUUGGGACCAAGAAAUAUGUUUUGGUUUGAAAUUUUAAUUAUUUGUUUAUUUUUAUCAUUGUCCCACUCAUUUCCACAUAGGAUC